GUUCUGCAUCCCGGUGUUCCCGCAGCCCGGUGCUCCCGGUGCCGGCGCUCAUUCCCCGCUCGGCUCGGCUGGCCCAAGGGCACCGCGGCGGAGGCGCGUCCCGGAGCAUCCCCCCAGCCGGGGCCGGUGACCUUGGCGAGCGCGGCCGCGGCCACGGCGAGUCCCCGGCGGCUCGGCGCUCUCCAGCCACCCUGGCGCUGAAGAUGGACGUGAAGAGGGUGAAGGACUACCUGUACUGGCUGUACUACCAGUACCAGCUGGUGACGUGCAGCUACGUGCUGGAGCCCUGGGAGCAGUCCAUGUUCCACACCAUCACGGUGACCGUGCUGGCCAUGGUGGUGUACACCGCCUACGUCUUCGUGCCCAUCCACGUCCGCCUGGCCCUGCAGUUCUUCUCCCAGAUCUUUGGGCCCCAGCCCGAGGGCGCCGUGCUGAACUGAGCCGGGCCCAGCAGGGCCCAGCAGCUCUGUGAAAUGGGUCACAAAUGGUCCCUGCUGAGGUUUGGCUCUUGGGAAAGCCCUGCUUGCUUCACCUCGGCGGCUGGAGAGCGGAGCGAGGCGCCAGGCACGGCCCCUCUUCCAUGAACACUCUGGGAAUGGCACACAGCUCCAGGAAUGGCACAGGAUCCACCCAGCUCCCACCUGCAGCAGCAAAACCAUCUCCUAGUUCAUCCUGGUUCAGCCAUUCUCUUUCCCAGUGCUGCUUUAGGAUCUGCUGCUCUGAGGGACAGCAAAGUUCUGCUGCCCCAAACUCACUGUGAACACCAGACUGCAGGGAUGUGAUGUGUCCAAGCCUCUCUGUUCUGGCAGUUUAGGCAGCACAAGUGUAGAAGAAAAUGGGACACUGGGAGGUUUUCCAGCAAGGAAUCUGCUGAAUUCCCUAUGGACGGAUCUGCUUGGAAUGUCCUUCAACCCCAAAAUAACAGAAUCCCUCUGUAAAGCCUUGGACACUUUCUUGCCAUUCUGUUUUCUCUAAAUAGAUGCUUUUAGCCUGCACCUAAAGAUUGUUUCAAAUGCCAAAAUGCACAUUCAGCAAUGAACAGUGGAAGCAAACCCUAUUUCCUAUUUAAUUCUUGCUCAGCCACUCUCUUUCCCAAGUGGAGCUGGGAACAAUGAAAGCAGCAAGGCAUUACCCAAGAGGAAAGUCUUUCCUAGACUUGUAAUUUCCAUUAAAUAUUCUUUUAAUCUGUAAAGUUUUUCAUUUCUUUGGAAAUGAGCUGCAACCAACUGCUCUGGCAGAGGCUGUUUUGGUGGCUCCUGACACCCAAAGUUCUACCAACACAGUGCAGGGGCCUGGUUAGAGGAGAUAAAAAAUGAGAAUAUCCAGCAGGAUUGGAGUGCCCAUGUCGGGCUGGUUGGUGACUUCCAGGCUUCCAUGGAUGGGAGAGGAGCUUGGAAGGGAAAGCAACAGGAGGAUGAACUCAAAGCCAGCUUUUUUCCCCUCUAAGUUCCCGUGUCUGACUUCAGAUGGUUUAAUUUUUUUUUUUUUUUUUUUUUUUUUUGGAAAAAAAUUCUCCACCUCAUCUUGCAGCUGCGUGAGGAUGACAGGAAGAUGCAGCCCUGCUCUGUCUCAGUGCCCUCCUGCCUUCUCUGAUGAAAAUCAAAAUCUUUUCUUGCUGCUCCCACUCUCCAAGGUAGCAAAGUGCAAAUCAGCACCAGGGGUAGAGGAUCCAGAGUGGAAAUAAUAUUUUAAUACCUGCAGGGAAGGCUUAAAGAGCUUUCCUUUACAAAGAAGAAAUUAGAUUUAUUGCCAUUGCCUGUGGGGAGGUUUUGGAACAAUGGGAGGCUUGUUUGGUUUUCCCUCUACACAAACCAAACGUGGGUGCCAAAUCAUAAAUUACAGCUGCACUCUGCACGUCUCUACCAGCUGAUGCUCCUGUUCGUGGAAGUGAGAGGUGCAAAAUGUAAAUAGCUUUCAAAUGAUGUUUGCACAGUUCUAGAUUAAAAAGAAAACCCUCUUUAACUCCUUUCUCAAGCUGCAGCGAGCUCCUGCAUGCUUCAGAGCACAAACUGGUUUGGAAACGAAGACAUGUGGUGAAGGUUGCCCAGAUCUGAACAUGUGUAUGCAGUUUUUUCAGCCAAAAAAAAUAAAGUUUUAUUCUUCACAAAUGA